UCUGGAGUUCAGUGAUGGCCUCUCCUGUCGACCUGCCGCCUCCUCGUCCCUGGAAGAGCUAUCUUCUUAUAUGCAAUGUAGGGAAGCGACAAAACUGGGGUCAACUGCUUCGCUCCGCUACUGCAUUUGGAGUUACCGAAGUGUUCGUGGUUGGCGCUAAGAAGAUGAAGGAACUUGCCUUGUUCGGCAACCAAGGUACAACACUGCAUGCAACGUUCGAGUUCUUCGACACAAUAGCAGAGGCCAAGGAGGAGCUCAAGAGGCGAGGGAUCACCCUAUGUGGAGUCGAGAUUCAUCCGUCCUCCGAGCCCAUACAGGACAUGCACUGGCGUGGUGACACGUGCUUUAUGUUGGGCAAUGAAGGCACUGGCAUGACCGAUAAGCAGAUUGCCGCCUGUGACCAGUUCACGUACAUUCAGCAGUACACAAAGGCCACUGCUUCCCUCAACGUGGCAGUCGCGGGUUCGAUCGUAUUGCAUCAUUUCGCCUUGGCCUCGGGAAUGCCCGUGGCGGAGCGGAAGGGUCAGAAAUUUGUCACAGACGAGGGUCGGGGUAAACUCGACAGAUAUGAGCAUCCUACCGAUUACGAGCAGCAAGUCAUUGAGGAGAAGAGGCGCUUGCGGGCAGCUAAACGGCAGAAGGAAGCCGUAGCGCCAGCUGAUGAUGAUGGCAAGACAGCUUAAUACGUUGUACAGUGUUC